AUGUCGGUGCCCAUCCAGGAGAUUGAGGCUGGCAUCAAUGCGGUCAAAGAGCAGACGUAUGCAGCAGGCCUCCUCGGCCAAGGCCUGCUGGAGCAUCAGCGCAUGCUGGAAGGACUCUUAGAUGAACUGAAUGACCCUGAGCGGGCCGAUCAGUCUGCUGAGCUUGCCGAACGUGUGCGUGCUGAGCUCCAUGAUCUGCAGGAACAACGUGAUAAACUCUUCCAUGAAAUCAGCCACAAACUCUCGGUCACGACGCCACGCGCUUCCUCGAAGCGCAUGCCUUUUCACUUCUCGCCCAGCCCGUCGUUCAAGGCGCGCGAGGACUUGGAGCAGCUGCGCCAUGGCAAGGCGGAGGCAGAGCGUCGUUUUGAGGCGAUGAAGACACGCGUGCUGGAGUUGGAGCGGAAGCAUGAAGUGUUCAAGCAGGAGAACUGGGACUUGUACGUGAUGCAGCAGCAGCUCGAGGAGAAGCUGGCCUCACGCUCCCUUGCGCAGAGCAAGGCCGAUCAGGACCGCCAGCGUUUGGGCCACGAGUUGGACAAGGCGCGGGAGGCACUCGAGGCGCAGCGUGCGCAGUUUGAAGAGAACGAAAGUGUCCUCCGCCGCCUCCAAAAGCAACGUGAGACGGAGGAGGCACAGACUCGGCGGGAGCGGGCCGGUUUUCGCCGCAAUAUCUCAGACUUGCAUGGCCAGUUGAAGCGCAUGCAAGGCCACGACGAGGCGAAGGGCCAUGGGGGGCCUACGACGCCCUCGACUCACACGAAGCUAGCACCCCAUGACGAGGAAGCGAGCGCGGCAGCGCCUCUUGCCUCGACGCCUCUCGCACCCGGCUUGAUUCUCCCGCCGGAGCACGACGAGGAUGCAUGGCCUGCGCCCCCUGUCACGGCCUCGGCGGAAGUGGAGGCGUUGCGUGCGAAAUUGUCUGUCGCCAUCAAGCGACUUGGCCGCGAUACGGCACAGCAGCGCAAGCUGCGCGACCAGAUUACCGAGCUGCGCAAGGUGCUGGCCGACCAGGGCUUGGCGGUACCGCCGACGGACCUCUCGGACGAAAGUCGCGGUGAGAUCGACGACGACGAUGACGAUGCCGCGUGGCUGAGAGACGAUGCGGCGGAUACCCCUGCAGAGACGGUGCCACGCCGUCGCCUGCGUCGUGCUGCGCCACGUCGUCACGUCUCCUCGGAGACGAGCACGGCCGGUCCGACCCUCACAGCGCCGCCGUCCGACUGGGUCGACGUCUCAGGCGAUGCAAGUGUCAUCGUCAAGGAGCCGACGUUGGAUCCAUCGAUGGCCAGUUUGCUGGGCAGUGCGACGUCGCCAAGUCUCCCGUCGUUCCCACCGACCGACGGCGGCCUAGGCGCAGAAUUGGCGGCGGGUGGCUACACUGUGAAGCCGGCCAUGGUCGAUGCCAUGGUCAUGACCGAUGUCGACCCUGUAGCCGCCGCACAGCAGGAAGCGGCGGCGGCGUGGGAGAAGGACAAGCGCGAGCUCACUGCUGUGCAUAUGCGCGCUAUCGAGUCGCUGCAAGCCCAGCAUGCUGAGGAACUGGCGACGCUGCGUGCCGAGCACAAGGAGGCACGGGAGGCUCAGUCGUCGUCCAUCGACAUCCUGAAAGACGAGCACGAGAAAGCACUGCAAGCGCUGCGCGACGAGCAUGCUGACGCGCUGGCGACUGCGCACGCCAAGGAAGCAGAGGCUGUAGACGCGCUCCGUGCGACGCACGCUGCUGCGAUGGAGGCCCAGGCUGCCAAGCAUGCUGAGGCACUUGCCACUAUGCAAGCCACGUCGGACGAAGCGCGCGCUCAGCACGCACGAGAACGCGAGGCGUUGCAGCAGGCGCACGACCAAGCCAUGGCCGCGUUGAAAGAAGCGCAUGCCAACGACCAAGCGUCGUUCCAGGACCGCCAUACCAAGGCUGUGGCCGCAUUGACCAAGAAACACGAGUAUGUGUUGGCCACCGAGCAAGACACUCAAGACAAGCAACGUGCCGCGCUAGCGUCGGCGCACGAAGAGGCCAUGGCUACGCUGAAGCAGCAGCAUGCUGACGCCCUAGCUGCCCGCGUCCAACAGCACCAAGAAGAACUGGCAUCGCGCGAGCAGGCGCAUACCGAGGCACUGCAAUCGCAAGCGACCAAGCACGAAAACAUGCUCACGUCGUUGCGUGCUGAGCUGGCCGAGAAAGUGCAAGCGCAUGCGAAGGCCAUUGAGACGCUGCAGACGCUCACAGACGAGCAUGCGCAAGCUGUCGAACAGCUGAUCGCGCAGCAUACAGCGGCCCUCGCCGCCAAGGACGAGGCGCUAGCGAAGGAGCGCGCUGCCUUGCAAGCGGCGACGGAGGAGCAUGCGCAAGCGCUGGACGAGGUGCAGGCGUCGCAUGCGGCCGAGUUGGCUGCGCACAAAGAGGCGCACGCCAACGAGGUAGCGACGUUGGAAGCCCAGCAGGCCAAGGCGCUGGCCUCGCUGCAAGCGGAGCAUGCCGGCGCCUUGGCCGCUGCGACGCAGCAAGGGCAGGAAGACGCCACAGCCUUGCGUGCUUCGCAUGCCGCGGAGAUCGAGGCACUGAAGCAGCAGCACACCGAAGCUGUCUCUCAGCGGGAGGCGGCGCAUACUGAAGUGCUCGCUGCUUUGGAACGCAAGGCGGCGCAAGCACAAGCUGAUGCAUUGGACGAGCUACGUGCGUCGUUGGCAGCAGAGCAUGCAGCUGCGCUACGUACACUGGAAGCGUCGAAGGACGAGGAGCGGGCUGCCUCGGUACGCGAGGCAGACGCGGCGUGGCGUACGAAGCACGAGACCUUGACGGCCGAGCAUACCAAGGCGCUUACGACGCAGCGCGAAGCGCAUGACGCAGCGCUCGCGUCCUUGCAGGCAUCGCAUGCGACUGAGCUCGCGGAGCGUGCCGCGGCCUUGGACACGCUGCGCGAGCAGCAUGCGGCGGAGAAGGUCAAGACGAUUGAGGCGCUUAAGAAGGAGCACAAGAGCACAGUGACGAACCUCAUCAUCAAGCACGAGUCGAAGAUCGCCGCGGCACGCGAAGAGCAGCUCCACUCCGCCUCUACGACGAUCGGGCAGAUGCAGCUGCGGCAGGAAGCGGCCGCCAAAGAGCAUGCGCAGGCGCUGGAGUCGCUCAAGCAGACGCACCAGGACGCCUGGCAAGCGCGCGAGGCGGAGCAUACGUCGCUGCUCGAUACGCUGCGUGCGAAGCAUGCGGACGAACUGGCCAGCACCGCGAAUGCGCAGCAGAAAGCCGUCGACGACUUGAUGUUGAAGCACACGGCCGAGUUGGAUGCCUUGACCUCGGAGAAGAACGCGGCGUUCUCGCGGCUUUCGGAGGCGCAGGCGGAGGCAAAAGACAUCCAAGACCGCGAGGCCGCCGCCCAGCAGGCACUGCGGGACGAGCAUGCGAAAGCCAUGCAGGCGUUGCAGGACGAGCAUGCGGCUGCACUCGCGCGAGAAAUGGAGCGGAUGACGGGCCAGCUUCAUGACCUGGAAACGAAGCAUGCCGAGGACGUGCGCACGAUGACAGACGCCCAAACGGCUGCGCUGCGUGCGCAGGAAGACGAGCUGGCCGCCAAGCAUGCCGAGGCCAUAGAGGCGCUGACACGCGCGCAUACCGAAGCGCUGUCAUCGCAGGAUCGCGACGUUUCUAACAAGCACCGCGAUGCGCUGGCCCAACAGAAGAAGGAUCUCGACGCAGCGCAUACGGCCGCGAUGACAAAGCUGGCCGACGAGCACGCCACAGCUCUGCAGGCGAAGGAGCAGGCGCUGGAAGCCGCGCAUGUCGAGGCGCUCGAGGCCCUGGCGACACAACAUGCAGCGACGCUCGAUGCGAAGGAGAAGGAGUACACUGCGCAGUUGACCUCCCAGGCCCAGGCGCAUGCCGAGGCUCUGCAAAAGCAGGAAGCGGAGCUCCAAGCCAAGCAUGCCGAGUCGCUCAAGACGCAAAAGCGGGACUUGCAGUCUCACCAUGCGAGCGUAUGGGAAGCGCACGAGCAGGCGCUUGCGCAGCAGCAUGCCGAGGCGCUAGCGGCGAAAGAGACAGAGCUUGUUGCGCAGCAUACGGCAGCCCUAGCCGCGAAGGAGGAGGCGCUGAUUGCACAGCAUGCGGCGCUCCUCGAUACCAAAGUCCAAGCGUUGGAGUCCCGCCAUGCGGACGAGCUAGCAUCGACGACGCGAGAGCUGGAAGCACAGCAUGCCAAGACCCUGCAAGAGAAGAUGGAGGCGCUCAAGGCGGAGCAUGCGGCGUCGAAAGACUCGACGUUGGCGGCACUGGAAGCGAAGAUCGACAAGCUCCACGCUCAACAUGCCGACGAUCUUGCCGCGCAAGAAAAGGCACUGGCGGCGCAGCAUGCUGAGGCACUCGAGGCGCAAGUCCAAGCGCUCUCUACUCAGCAUGCAGAGACGCUGCAUGCGAAGCUGAGCGAGCUGGCGGCGCAGCAUGCUGCUAUCCUCGCUACGAAGGAGAAAGAGCUCGCGGCACAGCAUUCAGAGGCAUUGGCAGUGCAGGCCAAGGCACUUACGGCGCAGCAAGCCGAAGCGGUGGCCUCCAAAGAAGCCGAGUUGCAGCAGCAGCAUGCGGCUGCCCUGGCCUCGAAAGAGGACGAGCUUGAAUCGCAGCGCUUCGCCCUUUCUACUGACGCCCAAGAAGCGGCUGCCAAGCAUGCGGAAGCCAUGGCUGCGAAGGAGAAGGCGUUAGCUGCACAGCAUGCCGAGGCUAUGGCUGCGAAGGAGAAGGAGUUGGCGGCGCAGCACGCUGAAGCCAUUGCCAUGAAGGAGAAGGAGUUGGCGGCGCAGCACGCUGAAGCCAUUGCCACGAAGGAGAAAGAGUUGGCGGCGCAGCAUGCCGAGGCUAUGGCUGCGAAGGAGGAGUUGGCGGCGCAGCACGCUGAAGCCAUCGCCAUGAAGGAGAAAGAGUUGGCGGCGCAGCAUGCCGAAGCCAUUGCCACGAAGGAGAAAGAGUUGGCGGCGCAGCACGCCGACGCGCUCUCCGCAAAAGAGAAGGAGCUCUCUUCUCAGCUGGCUAACGCAACUACAGCGAAAGAGGCGCUGGCUGCGCAGCAUACAGAGGCUAUCGCUUUGAGGGAGAAGGAGCUGGCUUCACAACAUGCGGAAGCUAUGGCGUUGCUGAAGAAGGAGCUCGCUACGCAGCAUUCAGAAGCUAUCGCUGCUAAGGAGAAGGAGCUGGCUGCACAGCACGCCGAAGUCAUCGCCACGAAGGAGAAAGAGUUGGCUGCACAGCAUGCCCAGGCGCUUUCUGCGAAAGAGACCGAGCACGCCGAGCUUUUGGCGAUGCGUGAACGGGCUUGGGAGACUCAGCAUGCCGACGCGUUGGCUGCGCUGGCCAAGGACCAUGAGGCGCAACAGAAAGCUUGGGCUGCGACGCAUGCAGACGCACUGCACUCGAUGCAGAAGGAGCAUGCUGCGGCCUUGACCGCCCUGCAGAAAGAGCGUGACGAUGCCAAGGCUGCCACAUCUUCUCACAUUUCGCCGGCCGAGCACGACAAGGCCUUGCAAGCCCUGCGGCAGGCCCAUCAUGAGGCAUUGCAGCAGCGCAUCCAGGAGCAUGCCGAAGCUCUGCAGGCCAAAGAGCGCAACUGGGAAACCAAACACGCCGAGGCGCAGUCGGCAUGGCAGCGUGAGGCGGCUGCGCAGACCACGACGCACACCGACGCCCUGUCGACACUGCAGGCCGAGCACGCACGUGCGUUGGACGAAGCUCAAGCCAAAGAAGACGAACUGCACCGUGCCUUGCAUGAUGCGCAGGCGCGUUUGGAGGCCCUCACAGCCAAAACCACCGACGCUCAGCGUGCGCUGGCCGAUGCCAACGAGCAGCUGCAGCGCCAGGCAGAGCACUUCGAGACACAGGCGUCGCGCGAGCACUCUGUGCAGCUGCAAGCAGCGCAUGAGCGUACAGAGCACUACCUGGCCAUUACGGCCGAGCUGCGUAAGCAGUUGUCACUCAAGGAUGCGGAGAUGGCAGCGACGGUGGCCGCGCAUGAGCACGACUCGCAGGCGCCCCUCGCCGAGUUGGCUCAGAUGCGCACGGCGCAGGCUCAAUGGCGCGAGCACGAAGCAGCGUUGGAAGCGCGUAUUGCGCAGCUGGCCGAGGAAGUGGAGCGUGUGCGUAGCGAAGCCGCUGCUGCCGCUACGGCGGCUGAGGACCGUGAUACGGCCACGCUCGCGAUUCAGGACGGCGACUUGGCGCCUGCGCUCUCCUGGGUCACCACGGAGCCGAUUGCUGCGCCAGCGUCGCCGUCGCCCCCUGCGACGGUCAUGAGUGCGCUUGGCUCUCCUGUGCCGUCUGAGGCCCCACGCCAUCGCCGCGACGGCUCGCUUACCUCGCCGUCCGACGUGGACAUUCCCGCAUGGGUCGGCCCAGCACCUGCGGCGCCUGUGCUCCUCCCGAGUCACAUGUCGAACAUGGAUCCCGACGUGGCCGAUGCCAUUGUGCAGUGUAUGAAGGGCGAGUGGCUGUACAAAUACGCGCCACACUUCUUGGUCGGACAUGAGCGCCGUCAUAAACGCUACUUCUUCCUGAAUCCGUUCACACGCACAGUCCACUGGACGGUCGAGGAACCGAAAGCCUCGGCAGGUCAUGUUGCCAAGUCAAAGAAUGCGCUCAUUGAAGAAGUCGCCCUGAUGGACGACCACAAUGCGCAUCCGGCCGGGCUGUACUACCAGACCAUUGUCAUUCGCUCCGGCCACAAGGACGUGAAAGUGACAGCACCCUCCAAGGCGCGCCACCGCAUUUGGUGCACGGCGCUGGCGUACCUGCUCCAGACCAGCGAUGCCCCUGUGAUGUCUGCCGGCAUGGGCCAUGCGCGCGUCUCCAUCCCGCUGGAAAUGGGCGGACGCUCCCCCGCGCCUGGCCAUCUAUCACCAUCACACUCCCUUUCGCGCCUUCGUCGCUCCCAUACGAUGCGCGAUACCGCCUCAGGCACACAAACGCCACGCCCUCGUAUCCCAAGCAACGAACUGAGCAGUGCCCAUGUGGCCACGGAGACAAUGAUGGCCCCGGCCACGGCGCCCGCGCCUGGCAGCUUGGUUCGCAAGUUGUCGUCUCACUCCCCCUUCACACCCCUGACCGCGGCUGCGCGUGACGCGCGUCGGAGUACGUUGCGAUCCACGCGACGGACCAAUCCCAGGGAACAGGCGCUGCCCCCGUCGACCUCGACCUCCACGCAGCCCAUGUCCGAGGCCGCCAUGGCCGAUGCCGCUUUGCAUGCGCUACCGACCAUGUCGCAUGGACACCCUGCCUCGCUCCCAAGCCAUGGUACCAUGCCAGCUACGCCACGGCGCUCGUGGUGGCAUGGAUAA